CAAAGCAAAGAGAAGUUGGAGGAACACUACAAAGAAACCAUAACCAAGAGAAUCUGUUGAAGCCAAGCAAAGCUUAAAGCUUAAAGAGCUAAGAGAGCAUUUAUCAUCAGGCCACUUCAUAUUCUUGAGACUUAAAGAAUAUUUCAGAAAAAAAACAAGUCCAAAGACUCAAGUUUAAGAAGGAAUCAUCUUUUCAAAUUCAGUACGAUGGUUGGUAUUUUCUCCAGAUUUUCUGUUGGUAGAAGUGGCCAUAGAAGAACUCAGAGUGCCAUCGAUAUGAGGGAAGCAUUGCCAUCAAGUACUACUGAUCUUGUUGGUUCAACUCAUGGGAUAGAAGUAGCAACAGAGUUUAAACCAGUGGAACACCCUAUCGAGCCCUUGGACAUUGAUCAACCGAUCCAAUGUCCACUCCGCGAGCCAUCCAUUCUCAAUGAUGGGAUAAUAUGGAAAGAGAGAGUGUCGGCGUCCAUGAGGAGACGAGGCGACUUGGACAUUGCUCAAGAUGGAACUGAUGUAGUAGAAUCUGUUGGAACCAGCUGUGGUCCCACAGAACCUGAUGGCUUUAUGACAAAACCGUCGGUAACUAGCCAAUGCAAUCCCAAGCGUCGAUUCUUGCCUUCGCUCAGUGCACCGGAACGUCACAUGCUUAAUCUACUAGAAGAAUGCAAAGCAUCCGGUACUAUCUAAGAACCAAUGCUGGUCUGGUCUACGCACUUUUUUAUUCUGUGUAAGAACAAAAACCAAAUCAUAUUGAAUGUUAACACUGUAUCUUGCGUCACAAGCUACACAAGUUUCCUUCAUUUCCAAGUUA